AUGCCGGUCCCUACUACACCGCCCCACGUACCAAAUCACACAUUUGAUCAUCUACAUGAAAAUAAUAUGGAGUCUUCUUCGGCACAAGGAGGUGAGAAUAGUGUUUCAAGUAAGGGAAAACGUGUGCUGAAAAAACAACGUGUAGCCCAACAAGUGGAGGAUCAAAUUGUGGGUAUGUUGUGUUCAUUAUGUGAAAAUGCCAAUGACCGACUUACUGAGAUGGCUAAAGGAGCCAGUUUCCAAAACGCCGCAAAGGAGCAACGUCAGGCCGUGUAUGAAGCUCUAAAUGAUGUUCAUGGGCUAAGUACCGGCGACAAAGUGGCUGUCGCUCGAUAUUUAUGCAAAAAUAAUGACGAGCUAGAGCUUUUCUUUACUCUUGAUUCCGAGGCAAAAAUCUCUAUGAGUGCAGGUUUUUGUGGCUUUUUUAUUUGGUUGGAUCCAGAAAUCUGUGAUAGAGCAAAGAACAUUAUACCUGGUUUGUUGGAGAAAAUGAAUAAGUAUAGACACGAAAUUGAUCAAUACAAGCUUAGAGAAAGUGAAGCAGAGGUUCGGUUGGAGGUCGCGAUGCGGGAGCUUCAAAAGAUACAGAAUGACCUCACUGCUUCGAAGAUAUUUGUUAAGAAAUUGUGGAGGGCUAUCAUUUUGUUCCUCACUAUUCCCGGAGUUAUGGUUCACGACGAUGGUGGAAUAGUGAGUGUUAAUCAAGCCUACUGGGAGUACGUUGGAGAGGAAACUGACCGUGAGGUCUACUUUCGCUGGAAUGGAUUCCAUUGGUACUAUGCAUGCGCCGAGGUGUUCGACGAACGUGCGGCGGCAGAAAUUGAUAUGGAGGGAGGUCCCGAUAAAUCCAUACAUGAUCCCAUUCAUCUGGAUGACAUCGAGUCUCUAGCUAGUACCGAUGAUGAAGAUAUGGAUGACAUUCUCGUUCAAGAAGGUGGAGAACCGGCUGAACAAGCACCUGCCCCUGUUGAUUUUUUUGAGGUUCGGCCUAUGUUUCUCGGUCAGGAAAUGAAAAUGGAAAUGAAUAGCGAUGUUGAGUCGUGCUUGGACUCGGAGGAGUAA